CUUCGAGUUCCGCCUUCAAAUCAUAACUUCAAGACAACUUUUAACCCAAUUUCGACCAUCAUGACAUCCGGAACGUACGCCAUCACCGGUCUCCCUGUGCCGACUAGUCGGGCCAGCAAAUCCCCCAGCGAGAGGAGAUCACGGCCUGGCGCAACAACCCUAAGAACGCUAUUAAAGUGUCGCUUUUCAUCCGGGCUUUGCAAUUCUUUCAGUCCAUGGAUCCAUCCGAUAAGUUGUCCUAUUAUCAGGUCGCUGGAAUUCACGGACAAUCCCAGUUGCUCGUCGGGAUCAUGACAGAUCAAAUCCUGCCGAACAUUGCGGACAGCGUCCUGCGAGAUGCGUGGGCCUUCGAGGUCCAGCAAUGGCGACUGCCUUACUGGGACUGGGCUGCGCCUCAGGAAUACCUGGGAACAUGUGGAGUGCCCGAGAUCGUGUCCCAGCCCGAAAUCACGAUCGUUGGCACCGAGAGUCCUCUGCAGACGGUACAAAAUCCCUUGUAUAAGUUCACAACUGCAGCAAUCAGCAAAUUCAAGGGGACACCGAUUGCAAUGGGCGAUCCAGCAUUUGGAAUCUGGGCAAUUCAGGGGGAUGAUCCGUUCUCUGGCUGCUCUGGAACCAGCCGUUAUGGAAUCAAAACAAACGGCAAUCCAGCACCCGACGAAGCUUUGGGCAUUGAGAGCAACGGCCUUGUUGCUAAUGCCCUCGAAAUACCCGAUUGGAUCAAGGUGGAGAAACUUUCACAAGCUGUAAACCUCGAUCCUAAGAUGAUAGGCUCUCUACAGGAUCAGGUUUAUCGCCUCUUGACUAAGGAAACCUUCCCGAACUAUGCCACCUUCGCUACAACGGAAUACGGUAACGAUGACCUCAAACCACCGACUGCUACCGGUUGGUUGUCUCUAGAGUUCAUCCAUAAUGCCAUCCACAUCUUCACUGGUGGAGCAGACGUCAAUACCGGUCUGGGCCACAUGGCUGACCUCACGGUCGCUGCGUUUGAUCCCAUCUUCUGGCUCCAUCAUUGCAAUAUCGACCGACACCUGGCAAUCUUCCAGAUCUUUCAUCCAGAACAUUGGUUGGAUGGAGGGUCUCCGACACUUGAUGAAACAGCAGACGGUCCUCUGCACCCAUUCCACUCUGAUACGAACGGCACUUCCGUUACUUCAAACAUGGUGAAGGACAUCACGAGCUAUGGUUAUACGUACGACGAUCUUCAAAAGCCCAUUGCCGAUUUGCAAAAGGCCAUCAACGAGAAAUACGGCAGUCUUCGGAAGCAACUCGGAGCGAACCCUGACCUGGGCGGAAAGGCGAAUGACUAUCUGAUCAACAUUCAGUAUGACCGGUUCGCCCUGAAUGGACGAAGCUACGCGGUACACUUCUUCGUCAAAGGAGAUAUCCCCAGCGAGCCUUCCCAAUACAGGGCAUCACCCAGCCACAUUGGUAGCAUCCACACCUUCUCGACCGAUUACUGGACUGCUGGCAACACCAAUGGGGUGGACUGCCAGAACUGCCAGAACCAGCAGAAGAAGGGAGUCAAGGCCAAGGCGCAGGUUCCCAUCACCUUGGAGCUGUUGUUCCGCGCCGUGAGCCGCAACAACGCGUGGUCAGACCUGACAUCCCUUGAACCAGACCAUGUUGAGAAGUAUCUCGAGCAACAUCUGAAAUGGGUUGUUGUUGCUGUGCCUGGUGAAGUUAUCCCAGUGGAGACCCUCCCGAGUCUCAAGGUCGUGGUUCACGCAGGCAAGGGCCACCAUCCAGAGGACACGACUCAACCGUCCAAGUUCCAUAGCUACAGGCUCAUGUGGAGCGUCACGCAUGGCAAGGUCGGUGGAGCGCGCCGCGAGGACGGUAUUGUGCAUGCCGAUGAGCUUCAAGGUUAGAUCCAGACAUCCCGAAAGACGUCGCUCCGGAACGGAUGUCUCUCGGUAGAGAUCCACUAUAACGUCGGGGGCCGGAGUGGCUCCAAGAGUCAGGGUUUCUUGAGGCACAGCUUCCGAUAUCUAGCAAU